GCGGCGGCUGCAGCAGCGGCUCCGUGUCAUUCCUUCGGCAGCAGCGGCGGCCGCGGAGUUAGCAUCGGGGGGCUCAUCAGACUGGAGGCUGCCGGAGGAGAUGCCAUGGUUGGAACCAAGCCGGGUCCUGUUCAAAUCGUUUUGGUCCACAAAGAACAACAUUCCUUUGAGUUGGACGAGAAGGCGUUGAGCCAAGUCCUGCUGCAAGAUGCCAUCCGUGACCUUGACGUGGUGGUUGUGUCCGUGGCAGGCGCUUUCCGCAAGGGCAAGUCUUUCCUGCUGGACUUCCUUCUGCGUUACCUGUACACGCAGAAAGAAGACAGCAAAAUUGAUUGGCUGGGGGUGGAAAAUCAGCCCCUGACAGGGUUUUCGUGGCGGGGGGGCUCGGACCCCGAGACCACCGGCAUUCAGAUCUGGAGCGAAGUCUUCAUCGUGAUGAAGCCCAACGGGAAGAAGGUCGCCGUUGUGCUGAUGGACACCCAGGGGGCUUUCGACAGCCAGUCCACCGUCAAAGACUGCGCCACCAUUUUUGCUCUCAGCACCAUGACCAGUUCCGUUCAGAUUUACAACUUGUCCCAAAACAUCCAAGAAGACGACCUCCAGCAGCUCCAGCUCUUUACCGAAUACGGGCGUCUGGCCAUGGACGAAAUCUUUCUCAAGCCAUUCCAGACGCUGAUGUUCCUGGUGCGAGAUUGGAGUUUUCCCUACGAGUAUAACUACGGCUUGGACGGAGGCAUGAGUUUCCUCGAUAAACGUCUGGAGGUCAAAUCUCACCAGCACGAAGAGAUCCAGAACGUUCGCAAGCACAUCCAUUCCUGCUUCACCAACGUCAACUGUUUCCUCUUGCCUCAUCCGGGACUCAAAGUGGCCACUAGCCCGAAUUUUGAUGGCCGUCUGAACGACAUCGCCGACGAAUUCAAGGAUCAGUUGAAGCAGUUGAUCCCCUUCGUCCUGGAUCCCAGUCAGCUCUUAGAAAAGGAGAUCAAUGGCUCGAAAGUGACCUGCCGAGGCCUGUUGGAGUACUUCAAGGUGCGUUUCAUCACACCGAGCAUUGUUUGCUUUCUUUUUUUUCUUUUUUCUUCAGCGAGAUGAAGGUCAGCAAAGAAACAAAGAUAUUGAGGGCUGCUCAGUCCGGCGGCCGGA